CACACACACAUGUACACAAUGCACCUUCACCUUUCCACCCCAUAAAGCCUCCCUUGGCACCCCUAUCCCACUAAGGAGCAAAAAGAGCACCAAACCAAACCAAAGUGUAGCUGCAGCGCUGCAUCAGCAGCAGCAGCAGUAGAAGUAUAGCAGCUGAUCUUGGUGGUGGCUAAGCUAGUAUUGCAGUGAGCUUAAGCUUGUUAAGCUUAGUGAUCCGAUCGAUCCGUCCCGUCCCUUAAAAGGAAGAAAGAAAGCUCGUCGUCGUUGCAGUUAUGGCGCUGGUCAAGAGCCACCACCAAAUGCUGGCCUCUUCCUCCACCUCGUCCUCCUCGCCCUCCUCCCAGCAACAGCCGGCGCCGGCGCUGCCGCCAUCGAACUCCUCUUGUGUCGCGGCUGCCGCCGCCGCCGCCGACCAGCCCUCGCCGGUCAAGCGCAAGAGGCGCCCUCCCGGCACGCCAGACCCCGAUGCGGAGGUGGUGGCGCUGUCGCCGAGGACGCUGCUGGAGUCGGACCGGUACGUGUGCGAGAUCUGCGGGCAGGGGUUCCAGCGGGAGCAGAACCUGCAGAUGCACCGGCGGCGGCACAAGGUGCCGUGGCGACUGGUGAAGCGUCCGGCGGCGGCCGGAGGGGAGGAGGGCGGCGCUGCGGGAGGAGGCGCCGCCGGCGGCGGUGGCGGCGGGGCGCGGAAGCGCGUGUUCGUGUGCCCGGAGCCGAGCUGCCUCCACCACGACCCAGCCCACGCGCUGGGCGACCUCGUCGGCAUCAAGAAGCACUUCCGGCGCAAGCACGGCGGCCGGCGUCAGUGGGUGUGCGCCCGCUGCGCCAAGGGCUACGCCGUCCAGUCCGACUACAAGGCCCACCUCAAGACCUGCGGCACCCGCGGCCACUCCUGCGACUGCGGCCGCGUCUUCUCCCGGGUGGAGAGCUUCAUAGAGCACCAGGACACGUGCAACUCUGGCCGGGUGCGCGGCGAGGUCGUGCCCGUGGUGGCGACGACACUGCCGGUCAUCCGCCCCGCCGCGCUGCGGCAUCACCAGCCGCCGCCGGCGCCUCCGCCGCCGGAGCUGCAGCUCCUCCCGGCCUCCACGACGGCGUCGUUGGCCGCCGCAUUUUCCUCCAACUCCACGACGACGACCACCACCACCACCACUUCCUCCCACGAGCAGCACGCGACGACGACGACGAAGCUGCAGCUCUCCAUCGGCCCGGUCGUCGACGCGUCCAGCGCCGCGUCCGCCACGGCGGCCAGGGGCGAGGGGGAGAAGCAGCGAGAAGAGGCGAGGCGCGCGCUGGAGGAGAAGGCCGCGGCGGACGCGGCGAGGGAGCGGGCGCGCGAGGAGGCCGCGGCGGCGGAGCGCGCGCUGGAGGACGCCCGCCGCGCGCGGCACCGGGCGCGCGGGGAGCUCGAGAAGGCGCUCGCGCUGCGCGACCACGCCGCGCGCCUCCUGGCGCAGGUCACCUGCCACGCGUGCCGGCAGCGCUCGCUCGCCGUGAUGACCAUGGCCGCCGACGGCCACGGCCACGGCGCCUCGGCGGUGGCGCGCGACCACCUGAGAGGCGGCGGCGUCGGCGCCGGCAUCUAGCUACGUACUUCUACCUACCGCAUGCAUGCAUGCAUGCGUAUGUACAAGUUGUACGUUUGCAUGUACAUACGUAUAUAUACGUGCACGCGUCUGUAUGCAAAGCAGGGGAGGUGACGGUGUUACUCCUUUUUUUUUUUUUAGCCACGAAUUGAAGUGUACGUAGUUGCCUAGGUCUUUUCGACCUUGGGUCGAUCAAUGUCAUUGUUGGGAAAUUUAUAAAAGGUAUUUGC